GGUACACAUUUUGCCACAUGCGUUUUGGAGAUUUCGUUACGCUCCAGUGAAACCAACAUUGAACAUUUUGGCCAUACUGUAAUUCCAAAAGGUAUGUUUGCCACAAACACAACACUGCUGAUCACCUAAAAGAAGUGUGGUGGCAGCAGGCUGCUUUGGGGCUGCUUUUCUUUGGUUGGACAUGGGGCCUCAGACAAGGUGGAGGGAGUUACAAAUAGUUAAAAAUAGCAGUUGGUGUUAGCAGAAAACCUUUAUGCUUCUGGUAGAAAGUAAAAAAAAAAAAUGGGUUGAGUUUGAAUGUGAUUGGUUAAAUAUCAACAAAGCUGCGUAAUCAUAAAGCACCACAGAUUAGAGGGUGUGUGCACUUGUUCAACCACAUUAUUUCAGUUAUUUUUACUUCCUCUCUGGAUAAGAUUUUUUUUCCCCCCUCAAUUGAGAUGUGUCGUCACAGUUGUAUUAGUCACAUUAAGGUUGGAAAAAAGUUUUGAAAAGAUUGAUCUUGGUCUCAUUUUUUGUGCAUCACAAAAAUUGACAUUUGAACAGGGGUGUGUAGACUUUUUAUACUGCAAGGGUGAAUGUGAUUGAAUGGUGUACCCUUGAGAUUGCUGGUUACCAAGCCAGGGCAUAAUACCGCACUUCUCACUUUUAUAAGAGAAUCGAUCGUUUAUUCAGAUACUGUAUAUCUGCUACAACGUCAGUCAAAAUAUGUUUCGAAUCCAUCAGCGUCAUUUUUUUCAAGUUGAUUUGUAUGUGUGUAACGCGCACGGUGAUGUUUGUGCGUGUACACAAAGGUCGGCGGCACGAACGUGCGACGGAUCUUCACGCAACGCGUCGAACGCAAAUCAAACCGCGGAAGUAGCCAAUCACGGCUCUCGUUUGGGCCCAGGUACCCGGAUGUUUCUGUGGACGGAUCAUCUACGUCAUUGUUCACCGCCGGACGGACGCCCGCUUGGAAAUAACCAAUGGCUUUACAAUCGCUACAAACGGGCUUUUAACAACAUUCCAGUGAUGAUUUUGAGAUGAGGAUUCUGCCCGAUGCCAGCGAUAUGUCACCUACAAUUUGGCUGGUGAGGUGACUGUACCCCGUCUCCCUCGCCCAAAGUCACCUGAAAUCGGCUCCAACUCACCCGCGACCCAAACGAGGACAGGCGCUACAUAACGUUAAACUUUAAUUAGCCACAGACUCACUUGAAAUAUUUGAACAAAGCAGUGAUUGUUGCUGAUUCUAAAAUCUUUCAUGUGUUUCCCCCACCCGCAGCAAUGAACUAUGACCAUUGUUGACAGAUCCUCCGAAAAUUCUGACCACGAGUCAGUCGGUUGCAAGAGAUCCCCCUUCACCAGUGGAGACGGGAUGGACAGCAGCUGUUCUAGCAGCUGGGCGGUGGGCUCCACCCUGCCCACCGACUCGCCACGACUGAAGGGUCCAGGGGGCUGCUUGGGCCCGACGCCUGGUGCUGUUAUCUACAAUAGUACGCCUUCCUCCGUGGACCGACCCAAAGAGCAAGUGUUGUGCAGCGGCGACGGCAUCGACGUGCCGCAGAAGGUCCUCUUCUCUCCCGAGCGCCUCAGCCUAAAGUGGAACCAGGUUCACCGCAUAGGCGCCGGCCUGCAGAACAUGGGCAACACUUGUUUCCUCAACUCAGCACUACAGUGUCUCACUUACACGCCCGCAUUUGCCAACUACAUGCUGUCGCGGGAGCACUCGAAAACAUGUCACGAGCCGGGCUUCUGUAUGAUGUGCACCAUGCAAAACCACAUCAUUCAGGUUUUUGCUAACUCUGGGAAUGUUCUUAAGCCAAUUGGUGUGCUGAAUGAGCUCAAAAGGAUUGCAAAGCACUUUCGCUAUGGAAGCCAGGAGGAUGCCCAUGAAUUCAUUAGGUACACGGUGGAUGCUAUGCAAAAGUCCUGCUUACCUGGAACCAAAUUGGACAGGCAAACGCAGGCAACCACUUUCAUUCAUCAGGUAUUUGGUGGUUACCUAAGGUCCAGAGUUAAAUGUUUAAACUGCAAAGGAGUCUCUGAUACAUUUGACCCUUUUCUGGAUAUCACUCUGGAAAUCAAAAUGGCACUCAGUGUCUCAAAAGCCCUGGAGCAGUUUGUCAAGCCAGAGCAGCUGGAUGGAGAGAAUGCCUACAAGUGCUCCAAGUGCAAAAAAAUGGUCACAGCCUCAAAGAGAUUCACUAUCCAUCGCAGUUCCAAUGUGCUCACACUGUCUCUGAAACGCUUUGCCAACUUCAGCGGAGGAAAAAUCACAAAAGAUGUGAAAUAUCCCGAGAACCUGGACCUGCGGCCCUUCAUGUCCCAGUCGCAAGGGGAGGCCCAGCACUACGGGCUGUACGCUGUUCUCGUCCACUCUGGAUUCAGCUGCCACGCUGGACACUACUUCUGCUAUGUUAAGGCAAGCAAUGGUCAGUGGUUUCAGAUGAAUGAUUCCUCUGUGACUGUCAGUGACAUCAGGUCUGUUCUGAACCAGCAGGCCUAUGUCCUUUUCUACAUCAAGUCCAGUGAUGGAAAGAAAGAAGGGGACUAUUGUCACAUGACCCAUAACUCUGCUGUACCUGGUCAGUCGUCACCCAGACCAGUGGCGAUACCCCGCAUCAACACCGCCGGCCACCACAACAACAACGUCUGCUUCAUUGGACCGCAGCUGCCCCCACACAUGGCCAAGAACUCUCUCCACAUAAAUGGGAAUGGAUCUUUGAGGGAUUGUCCCAAGCCCAGCACCAGCAGCAGUGUUACGGGAAAACCGAACCACGGUGCGGCCUCCUCGUCUUGCACAUCCCACUCAGCCAGCCAGGCGUCAGUGAUCCCAGAGCACGACAAGCGCCUGAAGCUGUCGUUCUGCAUCGGCCAAGGCAAACAGAAUCGCCCCACCUCUUCCUCGUCCUCUGCCAGCGGCUCCUCCGCCUCCUCGUCCUCCAGCUCUUCAGCCGCCUCCUCCUCCCAGUCUACCUCAGAUGCUCGCUUCAUCCCACGUCAGCUUAACCACGUAAACGGCACGGCGCGCAGUAACGGGGAUCACCAGGUCGGAGGCAACGGACCGUCGUCCUUGGUUCCGUACAGCCAAGAGCUCUCAGAGGAGUCGGACCAGGAGAACGGCGGAUCCCUGGAUAACGGCUGCUCAGUCAAGAGUCACCUUAAUGGAGACAAAAAAACGAGGGAUGAGUUUGCCAAGGCUCCCCCGGCAGCCAAUGGGGACUCUGAAGCGCACCACAAUGGCAACGGUUUGAAUGGAAUUACACACAGCAUAUCGAAAACCAACCAAAAUGGACACCGUUAUGGACUUCAAAAAGUCAAUGGACAUAAUAGUGCUGAAAGAAUCUCAGACAGUAAUGAUGGAAGAUUGUCAUCGGAGGGGACUUUCACUGUGAAUGGACUGGACACUGACCACUUUCAACCAAGCAAAGAGGCGUCCCAGGCUAGUUCUGUUCAGAGGAUCCAACCUGCUGCCAGUGAAAGCCAGCACAUUGCUCCUGAUGUAAGGGCUACACGUCUGUCCGAUCCCCCGCCUCAGCAAGCAGCCUGCGAAGCAGCGGCCGCUUCCGCCAACAAGAUCCAUUCCUCCACAUCGAGCGAGUCCGCAUCCAUCAGCCCUGCAGCCUUACCCACCUCGCCAGACUCCUCCCACAGCACCAGCGGCACGUGCGCGGUUCUACCGAAGGUUCCCGUUCGCACAGAUGAAGUCAAAGACGUACCGCUGACCAGUGGUUCAUCGGCAGCAGCCUCCGAAGGGCGUGCGGAUGUGAAGGAGCAGCUCCAAGCCGGUCCCGCUUCCAGAGGCUACGAAAGGCGGUCGUCUCGGGAAAGGGGUCGAGACAGGGUGUACUCGUCCGACUGGAGCAGGGACAGAGACGGUUACUUCAGGGACAGGAGUCAGGAGCGGGACGCGAAUCGCUACAGACGGAACUACAGAGACCACCACUACCACCACCGCUCAUACAGGGAUCCGGAUUAUUACUAUCGGGACUGGGAGAGCGAGCGUCGCUGGGAUCGGACCGUUCACCACCCCAGGGAGCGGGACCGCGACCGGUGCUCACACCACUACCACUUCUAUGACCACCAGCGAUCCAGGGAAGAGCGCGAUUACGAACGCUGGAGCUACGGCCACCGCCAGUCUCACGGCCGCUGGAGGCGGCAGCAGGACGGUCGGGAAUUUCGCGGGAUGAGGGACGACGGCAGGGAAGGGGACAGCUACCCCUGUAAAGACGCUUGGGCGUCGUCCACCACGCGAAGCAGGUCGCCGCAUCGGAACGCUCUUCCGCUGUCGGAGGAACAAAAUCAUCGAAGGAGCGGUCGCUCGGAAGAGCGCCACAGCAAGAGACACAAAAAGAGCAAGAAGAAGAAGUCAAAGGAUAAAGAGAGAUACCGUGAGAGUGGGGGCUCCGACUCGGACCGAGGCUGUGAAGUCAAAAAGAAGAAAAAGCGGCGGCACCAGAGUGAGCAGCGCAGCCCGGACGGCCGCAGCCACAAGGCUCGCAGCAGCGAGGAACACGAGUGCCGCAAACGGCGCCGCCUCCAGGACGGCAGGCACGGCAAAGACGACUGCUCCACGGAGAAACGGCGCCGCCUCGACGACGACGUCAGCCGCGAUGCCGCCGGCCCCUCGUACAGCACCUCCCCUACCGCGCCUGCACACGGGCCAUUUCACAGCCACCUUAAUGGACACACAGGAAACGGUUACAGCCAAGCCAGCGUUGUCUCCCAUUGAUGGUCCAGCGUACUGAGCAGUACCAUGAAGCACUGACCAACCCCCUGCCCAAAUAUACAGCGGAGGAAUGAUUCAACGACAUGGUGCUUCAUUGAGAAAUAAUUGUAUUUUUACCACAUGUCAAGUGUUUUAAAUAUUCACUUUUUAAAGCAUCGAUUUAGUUGCAGUAACUCUCCCACUCCUGUCGGACGUGAACGAUGAGAAAUAUUAAUAUAUACAUGUACGGAACACACAAAGCCUGGAGCUUAAAACAUCUCAACUGCUGCUCAGUGGAACUCAGGACUUGAAAACUCAUCAUCAUCCACUCGCUUCAUGUUAAAGGAAAACCCAACGCUGCUGAAAAGAAGUUUGGAAGGUCGCCACGUGCGUAGAUGAUUUUGAGUUUUCUUCAUCUUCACCACUGGGAGGGGCAAAUUGGUGGGAGGUGUGGAAUUUAUGAACAAAACCAACAAGCAACGCUUGACUCACUGAUACCUCCACGAUACCCUGAACUGACUUGAGCACAUUUCCCUGAGUUUUAUUUUCAAACACACGCUGGUAUUUUUCAACUUGUUUUGCUUUUUCUCUAAGUCAUUCCUUUCUGUCUCUCUUUCAGCUCACAAUCUGUUUUAACGAAACUGAAAAGAAAAGGACAAUAUAAUAAUGCUGUCGGACCAUUUGUAUUGCUUAUUAAUGGAGAGAAAAAUCUGAUUUGCGUCUUCUAGCAUCAUAAGGAAUACUGUGAAUUUAAUUUUUCAACUGUACUAUCAGUUACUUUUAUAUAUAUAUAUAUAUAUAUACACAUAAAAGUCCUGCAUCAGGAUUAUAAAUGGAUGUUGUUUUGGUUUAUUUGUUUUUAGACUAACUUGUUAAUUCUGCUCAUAUUGUCUGGACUAAAGUCAGCCAUGAGUAUGGAUUGUGUUUUGUUUUGCAACUUUUUGACAGAAGUUGAAAACUUAUUCCUUUUAAUUUAGCAUGUUAGCAUUUAUACAUUGUACAAGGUAAAUGCCUUAAAAUACAUUUUGUUAAUGUCAGAAAUUGUACUGUUGUCUUUGACUUUUUGGUUAAAAAAAAAAAAAUGCACUGAAAUAGCUGGAAAACUGAUGGAAGGGAUGAAUUCAAAAUAUUUGGGAGGGGCAGUGGGAAAUUUGUUUUACUUUUUACAAAAUAGAUAUGUAAUAUCCAUGUGUACACCAUUACAGUAAAUAAGCACUUAACUGAAUGCAACCUGAUAAACAUCUGUUCAAAGGUCUAGUCAUUUUAGAAAAAAAAGAAGCCCCGAGAGAAUCUCAUGGCUUAUGAAAUAACCAAAGAACUGCUCAGCGGUCAUAUAAUUAUUUUUCAAAAUCCUGUAAUUUUUUUUCUGUCUUUUUUUACACCCCCGUCAUCUGUUUGCAUCUUUAUCGUCCUGUCAUUUACACACAUCAUCAUGAUUGUAAAUUGUUGAACUAAACCGUGAAUUAAUGGGCAUUCAAUGACUUGCAAACUAUAUAAAAACAAGGAAAAAAAACCAUUA